AUGAUGUUCGCCUUGCCAGAUUUUAUGGCCUCGUCGAACGUGAGGACGAGCGACAGCCCACAUCCACUGCAGUCCUCACAGUCCUUCUCGAAGCUUGAGCCCCGUAGUCACGACUGCUCACCUCGCACUCAGCGGGCAAAUACAAUUCAAAAUGGCGUGACGCCAGAGCCUGCGGCCCCCUACCAGGCAAAUAGCAGGAACAGAAUGGCAGGCACCCCAGAGGACCAGGUGGAUCGUGGACCUGAUAUUCAGGUCCAGGUCGGUGAUAAGCUGCCUGCCGACUUUGACGAACUCCCAAUAGAGCUCGUGAGUCUGGCAGACAGCUUCAUCGACUCCCUAUCCGCAAAAGUCCAUCCGACUCCGCCAACGGCCGACAAACUGUCAAGUUUGUUCCAGGACUUUUACGUAGUAGCCACCACACAUAUCAAUACACAUAUUUCAGCCUUGUCCUCGCGCCAACAAAGGGGGAAGUCCCCGGUGCCCUCGGUCUCGUCGCUCUCGUCGACCGCAAGUAAAAUUAGGGCCACCGCAGUUUCGAUUGGCAACAAGGACCGCCCAAAAGCUCUACCUGAGAGGAGGGAUUCUGAGCAGCAGAUGCUUACUGCUGAAGAAAUUGCGGACCGGAAGCGGUCAAGGCGAGUCCUUGAGUUGAAAAGGGUUGCCCUGGAGGAAGCCGUAGAGAGACGAUUGUGUGAACGUAUCUACGACCGUAUAUUUCGGCACAGAUCUACUCAGGAUGAAGCUCAGGAUGAGAAAUUGCGAUCUAAAACUGCAGCUCUAUCGGUGGUCGGAAUUGGCCUGGGGGAUCUUGGGAUUGAUCUGGGCCAUACGAACGACCCCGAUUCUUCCGAAGACAAGGAGACUGAAGUACGCGAGUGGCUGGAGGGCGCCAGAAAUGAGCUGGUUGCCAUGAAUGAUCAAAAAUAUCCGUUAGGCAAACUUCACCAUUUGAAAGCAGCUCAUAAGAGUAUCGUUGAUACUCUAUCCCAUUUCCAUCCAUCCUCUUCUGCCGAUGAGAUUAUGCCUAUGCUGAUCUAUACAUUAAUUACUUCUCGGCCUGAGGGUAUUGAUGUCAUCAGCAAUCUUUACUUCAUCCAACGGUUUCGAAAUGAAAGCAAGAUUGACGGCGAAGCCGCGUAUUGCUUGACGAAUCUUGAAGCGGCCAUCACAUUUCUUGAAACGGUGGAUUUAGCUAGCUUGAGAGCAGAUGAAGCUCCUUCGGGGCCUCCAAAAUCCAAUAGCCGGCCCACUACUCCUAAGCUAGAGAAACCUGGUUCGACAACCCUUGGGCUCACACCGCCGUCAUUGAUAUCGACUCCAGAGGUGAGCGCCCCAGCUACAAAUGUGACCGAUACCCAAGGCAUUGCUUCUCCGGCGGGACUUCGACCAUCCAUACAAGUCCAUAAUCGGCGAAUUAGCGAAAUGUUUCAGCCUCCGGCGCAGGUAUUUGGAGCAGCGGGUGAUGCAGUAUUGAAUACUGCGGACCAGGGCUUCAAGACAAUUGGGAAUUCUCUUGGCGAGAGCUAUAAAUUCCUCGUUGGAAAGCUCAAAGAACGGCAAAAUGAGACUAUCGGCUUUUCAUCCGAUAUCAUCGUACCCAAAACAUUAGAUGACGCUCGGAAACUCGUGAGCACGCCACCCCUGGAAGCUGAACUGUCCACCAGUGGAGCUCGUUCGCUUCAUGUCCCAGAGAAAAUUGGCCAAAUGCGUAACUCCUCCGGGCCUAAUCAAGGAGAAAGGAUGCUAGGUUUGAUUGGUGGUCGCAAGACCGCUCGAGACAGGAGUGCUGAUAGCAACCAAAGCUCUGGCAGCAACCAGAAGCUCGCCUUGACUGAACAAACCGGCGAAAAAGGGACAACGCCCUCUCCACCCGCUCCCUUAACAUCCACCAAUCCUGCAAUCGUGGAAUCCAUGCGAAAUCUAGGCAAUACACUAAAUCCAAUGAACCGAAUUGCGGGGAUGAGCAUGAUGCGUGGAUUUGGACGCCCCCCCGUAGCAUCUUCUCCGACUCCUCCAGCGAGUAAAUCCAUCCCGGACGGUCGUGUCGCUGAUCUGGUGACCACAUUUCCCGAUCUUGCCCCGGCUCUACCCCCCAAGGAGAGUGAUAUUACGAAAGUUGCACCGCCUAUCAAAAAGUUCAUGGAGUUGGAAAAUCCUGGAGACUUGAAACUCAAUGAAGUCUUGGAGCUUCUGAGAGAUUAUAGACGCCUGGCAGGGGCGCUGGAAGAUAUGGGCGCUGUUUGA